AUGGCAUCCGGCGCUGAUAAGGGUUUCUUCCAGCAGGCCCCUUCCCUGGAGAAUCAUUUUCACGAUGCUACUUAUCAACGGUGCUUUAAACUUUUCUUGCCCGUACAUGUCGUCUCUGCAACGCAACACGAAGUAGAAUCUCUUGGCGAUGAAGUUAUCUCUGACCAGAUUUUCCGAUGGAUCUCCGAUGCCGAGCGAAACCCCCCUUUCCUGAGAGGCUCAGGGCGAGAUGUUUUUGGUCAAUGGACUGGGGAACUGGUGACGGGGGAAGGGUGGCGUCAGUUACAAGACUUUGGGAUAAAGAAAGGAUUUGUGGCUACGGGCUACGACACGGAGUACGGACCCUACUCGCGACCGCUACAAUUCCUACGACUGCUAUUGUGGGAGCCAUCCUGUGCCAACGUUACAUGCCCAUCAGCUAUGCAGGAUGGGGCGGCUCGCGUGCUGCAAACGCACCUCGCUUCCACGGCGCAACCUGGCAUGUCGGACGAACAACGCCUCGUGUUCCGAGCCGCGCUACGACGUCUCCUCUCACGAGAUCCCAAAACAGCAUGGACGAGUGGGCAGUGGAUGACAGAGAGGACCGGCGGGAGCGACGUGUCCCAGACUGAGACGAGAGCAGAGCAUAAGCCAGAAGACUCUGAGACCGUGGCGGGAGGUGAGGAGGCACGGCUGGGGCCUUGGAGCAUCAAUGGUUUCAAGUGGUUCUCGUCCGCCACGGAUUCGCAAAUGACUAUUCUACUUGCCAAGACUCCGAAGGGUGCGCUGUCAGCGUUUUUUGCUCCAAUGCGCAGAGGUGUUGGGGGUUCUAUAGAUAACCAGGGACAGUUGAACGGGGUCCGGAUUCAGAGACUCAAAGACAAGGUUGGAACUCGGUCUCUGCCAACUGCCGAGCUUGUACUAGAGGAUAUGCGCGCUUGGAUGAUUGGCGAGGAGGGCCGUGGUGUACAAGAAGUCAGAACUAUUCUCGCAAUCACGAGGAUUCACUCUGCAGUGGCGGCCGUUGGCUACGUCGGCCGCGGUCUAAGCAUUGCGCGAGCUUAUGCCCGUGUGAGAGACAUCAGCGAGGGCAAAGGCCGCAGAACGAGAUUAACGGACAGCGUGCUGCAUAUGCAUACUCUGUCCGACAUGUUUGUCCAGUACCGGGGCAUGAUGAUGCUCACGAUCUUCACGUCCUACGUUCUCGGGCUUUCAGAGCAUAACAGCGAUGGAAGAGCCGUGGCUGGGGUGAAGACUAAGGUACUGGACGCAUUGACACCCCCGCAGGAACACGUCGCUGGCCUCAUCCGGAUCUUGACUCAGUUGACCAAGGCCUAUGUGUGCCAGGAAUCAGUUUCUAUUCUCUUCUCCUGCAUGGAGGCCCUGGGCGGCGUUGGAUAUCUGAACAAUGCAGAACAGGAGCACCUCAACAUCUCGCGGCUCUGGAGAGAUUGUGCAGUGCUCCCGAUCUGGGAAGGUACUACAAAUGUGCUUUGCACCGACUUCAUCAAGACUGUGAGGCAUCCUGUUGCCGGCAAGGAGACAUUGAAUGCACUAAGGAGCUUCGUCCAAAGGGCUCCAGCGUUCCAGGGCCCAGGACAUGCAAACCUGCCCGCCUGGAACCCGGUGCAGAGAUGGGAUGUCAUCGAGCGCCGUCUUCUCAGCGAGUCACCAGAUGAGCUAAUGAGAAACGCCAGAGAGCAUGUUUGGCAGACGGCGCAACUACUGGCGUCACUGCUACUAUACGCUGAUGCUCAAGCGGACGGCGAUCCGGUGGCUUGUGACGUCCACAAGCGGUUUGCACAGUGCAGCAACAUUGGUCUGGACUCUAAUCCGAUGACCAGCCCGGAAACAAACUUGGCCAUGGACUCGGCGAUUGUGUAUGGCGGCGGACCGGUUCAUCACGGCCGACCAAGGCUAUAG